UAAAUAAACCUAUAAGUGAGCAAACACUAUGAGGCUUUACUACACUGAGAUUAGACCUUGCAAGAUGGCAAUAAUGGAUGCAGUGGUCUCACUGUCAUCGAAACAGAGAGUGGUGGUCACCGCCGCCUCAUCCGCCGGUGCCGCCGCCACUACGCAAUUCACAACCUUAAAGAACACGAAAUCUUGGACGACACUUGGGAAUGCCGCCUCGUCCAAGUGUCUUGUGGCGGCGGACAGAGCCGCCAAGCUUUGCAGCAAGUGGAUGGAGUAUCAAGGGAUAAGGGAUUGGGAAGGAUUGCUAGAUCCCCUCGAUGAUUAUCUCCGUAAGGAGAUUUUAAGGUAUGGCGAUUUCGUCGAGGCGGCGUACCGGAGUUUCGACUUCGACACGUCAUCGCCGACGUACGCCACGUGUCAGUAUGACGAGGAUGCCGUCAUGAGCAAGUGCGGGCUGGGUGGGAGCGGGUACAAGGUGACUAGGAACUUGUACGGGACGUGUUCGGUAAACGUGCCACGUUGGACGAAUUUGGUGUCCCCGAAGUCCAGCUGGAUUGGGUAUGUGGCGGUCUGCGAUGACAAGGACGAGAUCCGCCGACUGGGCCGCCGCGACGUGGUGAUUGCCUACCGAGGCACCGCCACCCCUCCGGAGUGGCUCGAGAAUUUGCGUGCCACGUUGACGUGCUUGCCUGAUGACAUGGCUCCGAGAAACUGCGAACCCAUGGUCCAACGUGGAUUCUUGAGCUUGUACACGUCGACAUCCGACACCCACCCAAGCCUGAAAGACACAAUCCGCGACGAAAUCACCAAAAUCAUCGAAACCUACGGCGACGAGCCACUAAGUAUAACAAUCACAGGGCACAGCCUCGGCGCCGCGCUAGCCACAAUAACAGCGUACGACAUUACCACUAAAUUCCGUCACGCCCCGCUAGUGACGGUCGUUUCAUUCGGCGGUCCAAGGGUGGGUAACAAGAACUUCCGGUCCCAAUUGGAAAAGAGUGGCACCAAGGUACUAAGAAUCGUAAACUCCGACGACCCAAUCACUAAAGUCCCAGGAUUCGUGGUCGAUCCGGAUGACGUGUCGGAUUGCGGGACCACCCAAUCCAGUGGCAUGCUGAGCUGGCUCCAAAAGCGUGUGGACAGCCAAUGGGUGUAUGCUGAGGUGGGCAAAGAGCUCCGAGUCAGCAGCAGCAAGGACUCAUCGUACAGCAAGGGCGUUGCCACUUGUCACGAUCUCAAGACUUAUCUGCACUUGAUAGAUAAUUGGUCAACCUGUAAUUGUCCAUUGAGAGCUACAGCUAAGAGAGUGAUGGAAAAAAAUCAUGGGAAAAGGAGGAGAGUGCUUUUGUAGCCACAAACCGGACCACGCGGUAGUGAUGAAUAGACAUUCAAAAAACAUGUUAAAUACAAAUUAAAUAUAAUGUGCAGAAAUCGUUAAAUCGUUGGUAGCA